GACGUACAUAAGACGAGUCAUCUUCGCUCAGCCACACUCACCCUACAAGGGCCCAGUUAUCGAGACACUUGGAACCUGAAGAAUUUUGAAGUCCGAAAUGCGUCCCAUGAACACCCUCUUGUCAUGCCGCGCCUUUGGAGGGCUGGUGUCUCAUAUCCGUGGCUGCAAAACCACCAGCUUUGGUGCCAUGCCAAAGGGCAACGUGGCAACAGGAGCCUGGCCAUCAUCAUCCAGCAAGGACACGAGGCUGGGCCAAGUGCUUUCCCGCAGCUCUUCAACUACGAAGGUGUCACGAAACAGCGUUGCGUACCAACCCAAGCAUGAGGAGGUCCACGCAGAGCAAGGGGAAUGGCUCUGGCCUGUCGACAACACGCAGCUGACCUUCAUCGAGGCUCACCGGGUUGCAGCUCGGCACACGGGCGCCUUCACGACCCUCAACUCUGCCAAACCCCUGAGGAUCGAACACGUGUCCGAGAUGCUCCUCCACCUGCAGAGGAAGCUCCCCAUUUACAAUGUACGUGCAAAGGGAAGAGAUGGAAAUCUUUGGUGGCAAAAAAGAGAGAGCACCGACAUUGACUUUAAGGUCCUCGAACGAGGGAUGAGAUACGAGGAUAUUCUUGAUGAUAUCUGGAGCGAAGGACUCCUUGUCGACUCUCCCAAGCCAGUGUGGAGAGCCCGGCUGGUUCCGGCCGCCGAGGACGCGCCACACCCAAUGCCCGAACUCAAGGCCGCAUAUCCUUACCAGUAUAACUUCAUGACGCUGACCCAUCAUGCAGUGAGUGAUGGCUUUACGGUCGCCUUCCUCUGCCAGCUCUUCCUCGACCUGCUGAACGCAGUGAUCGACGGGCAAACGAUUGACGAUAAACCCUUCGGGGUGUUUGUGUCAAAUGAAGACAUCGCCCGACAGGACAGGGCGAUUCAGGAGCAAUUGCGAAACGACCAGAAACGCUUCGAGACUCUGAAAGCCGAAGUACUGAACUCCAACAAGGAGCCGGUUCUCUUCAAAGCCUUUCCCCGACCGAGCGUCGACAAGCCCUCCUCCCGUCAGGUAACGAACUGCAUCGACGCCGAAAUCCACAACAGAAUCACCGAAAAGAGCAAGCAGGCCGGCGUUUCCUUCGGCACAGCCUUGCAAGCCUCGAUCAACAUUGCAAUAGUCGAGAUGGUGAGAGACG